CAGACGUUCUCUCUCUCUUAAUAGGCAAAAUAACCAUUCAGAGUGUGUGCCAACUCACUCCUGCCUUCGUCUUUCUCUCUCUACAAUGAUCUCAAAAUGAUGCAGAUGGCCUCAAAAACAUCCUCUGCUGCCAUGGCUUCCUUCUCUUGUUCUAGGACGGGGAGGGAGCUUUGCAUAUGGCCAAGCAUGAGGCAACUUUUCCUUAGGAAAAAUCUCUUAUAUGGAUUUGUGAAGUUCCUGUCGUUGCCAUUCAAAACCUUGCGGGGAGUCGGUCGUUCCCUUGGAGUUCGUCAUUUAUGCAGCGUUAUCAAUGUUUCUUCUACGUUGCAAAUUGAAUUGGUACCAUGUCUCAACGACAACUAUGCAUAUCUUCUACAUGAUGUGGAUACUGGCACUGUUGGAGUCAUUGAUCCUUCUGAAGCUGCACCUAUUAUAGACAUCCUGAGUAGGAAAAAUCAUAAUUUGACCUACAUACUGAAUACUCAUCAUCACAGUGAUCACACUGGUGGGAACAUGGAAUUAAAAGAAAGGUAUGGUGCAAAGGUAAUUGGCUCAGGAAUUGACAAGGAUAGAAUACCUGCCAUUGAUAUAGCUUUGAAUGAUGGGGACAAGUGGAUGUUUGCUGGCCAUGAGGUGCUUAUAAUUGAAACUCCUGGUCAUACUCAAGGUCAUAUUAGCUUCUAUUUUCCGGGAUCAAGCGCAAUUUUUACAGGAGACACUUUGUUCAGCUUAUCAUGUGGCAAGCUUUUUGAAGGAACCACUGAGCAGAUGCUGUCUUCCAUUAGAAAGAUAAUUUCAUUGCCGGAUGACACAAAUAUAUACUGUGGUCACGAAUAUACUUUGAGUAAUUCAAAGUUUGCGCUGUCUAUAGAACCAGGGAAUGCAGCUCUGCAGACCUAUGCUGCCCAUGUAGCCCAUCUUCGCGAUAAAGGCUUCCCAACGAUUCCAACUACAUUAAAGAAAGAAAAGACAUGUAAUCCAUUCCUUCGCACAUCAAGUAUGGAGAUCCGGCAAUCAUUAAAAAUUCCAGCCACCGCAAAUGAUGCAGAAGCCUUGGGCGUCAUCCGCAAAGCAAAGGAUAAUUUGUAGGAAUUUUUACUAUCCAUUUCCAUGUUGUGUAUAGGAAGGAACCAUCAAUUUCUUAAAUAAAUCACCUGUUUUUUCCAAUAUAUCUUUGGAGAAAUCAAGUUCUUUUGCUUCUUUUUUUUUUUUUUUUUUGUUGUGUUCUCUUUCUUUGAAGGUAAGCUGAAUAUAUUUGACAGUUGACACCAAACUAAGUACUAAAUGCAUUGUGAUGAGCAAUAUUUGGUGAUA